UGGCAGUUAUAGAGAGAGGAUAGUGGGAGAUUCCAUCUCGGAGAGAUACAGUGUGACAUAGUAGGAAAUUCCACUUCCUGGAGGGAAUGACUCAGCCAACGGAGAAGACUGCAGCCUUCGGACAGCACAAGCUUCCGACUCUGUCACCAGAGGCUUCUUCCGCCUUAGCGGCAGUCAUUGCUCGCAAACACCAAACAAGCAGCAGUAGACCAUGACAGAACAGAAGGAUCAUACCAAUGAUACAGGGGGAUUUAAGAAUGGUAGAAUCUCUUAGGUGGUGAAGGAGUUCCCAAUACCAGUUGUUGGUAGAGAUCCCGGGUUUUAUUUAAAAAAAAAAAAAAGUUUUCUGUGGAGUGCAAAGAACAGAUUUGCUGGAAGUUAGCCAGAAUUCCAGCAUUAUAUGUUGAAAUUGACAGUCUACUGAUUACUGAUGAUAAUAUGGAUCCGGAUCCUGAUCCUGCAAUGAGAUCCCAGGGGGCUUCACUGUUAUAGAUAACCAAAGUUAACUUCAGGAUGCUCAAACGGAAACAAAGCUCACGUGUGGAAGCUCAGCCUGUUACAGACUUUGGCCCUGAUGAAUCUUUGUCAGACAAUGCAGAUAUCCUGUGGAUUAACAAGCCAUGGGUUCACUCUUUGCUACGCAUCUGCGCCAUCAUCAGUGUCAUUUCUGUUUGUAUGAACACCCCAAAGACCUUUGAGCAUUAUCCACCUCUUCAAUAUUUGACAUUUGCUCUAGAUACUUUACUGAUGUUUCUCUACACUGCAGAGAUGAUAGCAAAAAUGCAUAUCCGUGGGAUAGUCAAGGGGGAUAGCUCCUAUGUAAAGGAUCGUUGGUGUGUGUUUGAUGGAUUCAUGGUUUUUUGUCUUUGGGUGUCAUUGGUGUUACAGGUGUUUGAAAUCGCUGAGAUAGUUGAUCAGAUGUCACCCUGGGGCAUGCUGCGGAUUCCAAGGCCUCUUAUUAUGAUUCGAGCAUUCCGGAUAUAUUUUCGCUUUGAGCUUCCAAGAACCAGGAUAACAAAUAUUUUAAAGCGUUCCGGAGAGCAGAUUUGGAGUGUUUCAAUUUUCCUUCUAUUCUUUCUGCUUCUGUAUGGAAUUCUAGGAGUUCAGAUGUUUGGAACUUUUACCUAUCAUUGUGUAACAAAUGACACCCAGCCAGGAAAUGUAACCUGGAAUAAUUUAGCUAUCCCAGAUACCCACUGUUCCAGAGAGCUAGAAGAAGGUUACCAGUGUCCAGCAGGAUUUAAGUGCAUGGACCUUGAAGAUCUGGGACUAAGCAGGCAAGAGCUGGGCUACAGUGGCUUUAAUGAGAUAGGCACAAGCAUAUUUACCGUUUAUGAAGCUGCUUCUCAGGAAGGCUGGGUGUUCCUUAUGUAUAGAGCAAUUGACAGUUUUCCCCGAUGGCGUUCAUACUUCUAUUUCAUCACCUUGAUUUUCUUUCUCGCCUGGCUUGUUAAGAAUGUGUUCAUCGCUGUCAUCAUUGAAACAUUUGCUGAAAUCAGAGUGCAAUUCCAGCAGAUGUGGGGGUCCAGAAGCAGUACCACCUCAACUGCUACUACCCAGAUGUUUCAUGAAGAUGCUGCUGGAGGAUGGCAGCUAGUGGCUGUUGAUAUGAAUAAACCCCAGGGCAGAGCUCCAGCAUGUCUACAGAAAAUGAUGAGGUCAUCAAUAUUUCAUAUGUUCAUACUGAGCAUGGUGGCAGUAGAUGUCAUUGUCGCUGCUAGUAAUUACUACAAAGGAGAGACUUUCAAAAGACAGCAUGAUGAAUUUUACCUAGCUGAGGUUGCUUUUACAGUUCUCUUUGACUUAGAAGCUCUUCUGAAGAUCUGGUGCUUGGGCUUUACUGGAUAUAUCAGCUCAUCUCUUCACAAAUUUGAACUGCUGCUUGUAAUUGGAACUACUCUUCAUAUUUAUCCAGACCUCUACCAUUCCCAGUUUACAUAUUUUCAGGUGCUUAGGGUAGUUCGACUUAUAAAGAUUUCUCCUGCUUUGGAGGAUUUUGUGUAUAAGAUAUUUGGACCUGGAAAAAAGCUUGGGAGCUUGGUUGUAUUCACUGCCAGCCUUUUAAUUGUAAUGUCAGCAAUUAGUUUACAGAUGUUCUGCUUUGUGGAAGAACUGGACAGAUUUACAACUUUUCCUAGGGCAUUCAUGUCAAUGUUCCAGAUCCUUACACAGGAAGGAUGGGUGGAUGUCAUGGAUCAGACUCUUAAUGCUGUAGGACAUAUGUGGGCACCUGUAGUUGCUAUUUACUUUAUACUUUAUCAUCUUUUUGCUACACUGAUUUUGCUCAGCUUGUUUGUUGCUGUUAUUUUGGACAACUUGGAACUUGAUGAAGAUCUAAAGAAGCUUAAACAACUAAAGCAAAGUGAAGCCAAUGCUGAUACUAAAGAAAAGCUUCCACUGCGUCUACGUAUAUUUGAAAAAUUUCCUAACAGGCCACAAAUGGUGAAAAUCUCCAAGCUUCCUUCAGAUUUUACAGUUCCAAAAAUAAGGGAAAGUUUUAUGAAGCAGUUUAUUGAUCGUCAGCAGCAGGAUACAAGCUGCUUAUUGCGAAGACUCCCUUCGGCAUCUUCUUCCUCAUGUGACCACUCCAAAAGAUCUGCAAUUGAAGAAAACAAGUAUAUUGACCAAAAGCUCCGUAAAUCUGUUUUCAGCAUCAGGGCAAGAAAUCUUCUGGAAAAGGAGACAGCAAUCAAUAAAAUCCUUAGGGCCUGCACUAGACAACGCAUGCUGAGUGGCUCCUUUGAGGGGCAACCUGCAAAGGAAAGGUCGAUACUUAGUGUCCAGCAUCACAUACGGCAAGAGCGCAGAUCACUAAGACAUGGUUCCAACAGCCAGCGAAUCAGCAGGGGAAAGUCUCUUGAAACCUUGACUCAAGAUCAUUCUAAUACAGUGAGAUACAGAAACGCACAGAGAGAAGACAGUGAGAUCAAGAUGAUCCAGGAAAAAAAGGAACAAGCUGAAAUGAAAAGGAAAGUCCAAGAGGAGGAGUUGCGAGAGAAUCAUCCAUAUUUUGAUAAGCCACUUUUCAUAGUUGGUCGAGAACACAGAUUCAGGAACUUUUGUCGGGUGGUUGUGCGUGCUCGCUUUAACGCUUCUAAAACAGAUCCUGUUACCGGAGCUGUGAAAAAUACCAAAUACCAUCAGCUAUAUGAUUUGCUGGGAUUGGUUACUUACCUGGACUGGGUUAUGAUCAUUGUUACUAUAUGCUCCUGCAUUUCUAUGAUGUUUGAAUCCCCCUUUAGAAGAGUUAUGCGUGCUCCAACACUCCAGAUUGCUGAAUAUGUUUUUGUAAUAUUCAUGAGCAUUGAGCUUAAUCUGAAGAUUAUGGCAGAUGGCUUGUUUUUUACACCAACAGCUGUCAUAAGGGACUUUGGAGGAGUCAUGGAUAUAUUUAUAUAUCUUGUAAGUUUGAUAUUCCUUUGCUGGAUGCCUCAGAACGUUCCUGCUAAAUCUGGAGCUCAGCUCUUAAUGAUACUACGAUGUCUCCGACCCCUUCGCAUUUUCAAACUGGUGCCGCAAAUGAGGAAAGUUGUACGAGAGCUGUUUAGUGGCUUCAAGGAAAUCUUCUUGGUGUCCAUUCUUUUGCUGACAUUAAUGCUUGUUUUUGCAAGCUUUGGAGUUCAGCUUUUUGCUGGGAAACUGGCCAAGUGCAAUGAUCCACACAUCAUCUCAAGGGAAGAUUGUCAUGGCAUCUUCAGAAUAAAUGUAAGUGUUUCAAAAAAUCUGAAUUUAAAGCUAAGACCUGGAGAGAAAAAGCCUGGAUUUUGGGUGCCACGAGUCUGGGCAAAUCCUCGCAAUUUUAAUUUUGACAAUGUGGGAAAUGCCAUGUUGGCACUAUUUGAAGUUCUUUCAUUAAAAGGCUGGGUGGAAGUCAGAGAUGUCAUUAUUCAUCGCGUGGGUCCGAUCCAUGGAAUCUAUAUUCAUGUCUUUGUGUUCUUGGGCUGCAUGAUUGGAUUGACCCUUUUUGUUGGAGUUGUCAUUGCUAAUUUCAAUGAAAAUAAGGGUACAGCUUUACUGACUGUAGAUCAGAGACGGUGGGAAGAUCUAAAGAGCAGACUGAAGAUAGCUCAACCUCUUCAUCUCCCACCUCGUCCGGAUAACGAUGGCUUUAGAGCCAAAAUGUAUGAUAUAACGCAGCAUCCGUUUUUUAAGAGGACUAUUGCUGUGCUUGUUCUGGCCCAAUCUGUCUUGCUUUCAGUGAAGUGGGAUGUCGAAGAUCCAGUGACUGUUCCUUUAGCAACAAUGUCUGUUGUUUUCACCUUCAUUUUUGUCCUAGAGGUCACUAUGAAGAUUAUUGCCAUGUCACCUGCUGGUUUCUGGCAAAGCAGAAGAAAUCGAUAUGACCUUUUGGUGACCUCCCUUGGUGUUAUAUGGGUGAUACUUCACUUUGCCUUACUAAAUGCAUACACAUAUAUGAUGGGUGCAUGUGUAAUUGUCUUCAGGUUCUUCUCAAUUUGUGGGAAACAUGUGACACUGAAAAUGCUGCUGCUGACUGUGGUUGUCAGCAUGUAUAAGAGUUUCUUCAUCAUUGUGGGAAUGUUCUUACUGCUUCUUUGUUAUGCUUUCGCUGGAGUCGUUUUAUUUGGCACAGUGAAAUAUGGAGAGAACAUUAACAGGCAUGCAAACUUUUCAUCAGCUGGCAAGGCCAUUACUGUACUCUUCAGAAUAGUUACUGGGGAAGACUGGAACAAGAUUAUGCAUGACUGCAUGGUUCAGCCUCCUUUUUGUACUCCAGAUAACAGCACAUACUGGAGGACAGAUUGUGGAAAUUAUGCUGGUGCUCUGAUGUAUUUCUGUUCCUUUUAUGUCAUCAUUGCAUACAUAAUGCUCAAUUUGCUUGUAGCUAUCAUUGUGGAGAAUUUCUCAUUGUUUUACUCCACCGAAGAAGACCAACUUUUAAGCUAUAAUGAUCUUAGACAUUUUCAAAUUAUAUGGAACAUGGUUGAUGACAAAAGAGAGGGGGUAAUCCCUACCUUCCGUGUGAAGUUUCUGCUGAGGUUGCUGCGUGGGAGGUUGGAGGUAGAUCUUGACAAGGACAAACUUUUGUUCAAGCACAUGUGCUAUGAAAUGGAGAGGCUGCAUAAUGGUGGAGAUGUCACUUUCCAUGACGUAUUGAGCAUGCUGUCAUACAGGUCUGUUGAUAUCAGGAAAAGCCUUCAGCUGGAAGAGCUUCUUGCCAGGGAACAACUGGAGUACACAAUAGAAGAAGAAGUGGCCAAACAAACCAUACGCAUGUGGCUGAAGAAAUGCUUAAAGCGUAUCAGAGCAAAACAGCAGCAGUCAUGUAGCAUUAUCCAUAGUCUACGAGAGAGUCAACAGCAGGAGUUGAGCCGAUUUCUGAAUCCGCCCAGCAUUGAGACAACACAGCCAAGUGAAGAUAUGAAUACUAAUAAUCAAGAUAAUGCACAGCCAGAGACCAGUAGCCAGCAGCAGCUCCUUAGUCCAACGCUUUCUGACAGGGGCGGGUAUCGGCAGGACUCUACAGAUGGUGGGAAGCCUCAACGGAAAUUUGGACAAUGGCGUUUACCUUCAGCCCCCAAACCAAUAAGCCAUUCAGUGUCUUCAGUCAAUCUGCGGUUUGGUGGUCGCACAACUAUGAAAUCUGUUGUAUGCAAGAUGAAUCCUAUGUCAGAUGCUGCUUCUUGUGGAUCAGAAGUGAAGAAAUGGUGGACAAGACAACUAACUGUGGAAAGUGAUGAGAGUGGGGAGGAUCUUCUUGACAUCUGACCAAGAAAAGAGCCUAACUUAAGUCAUAUUGCAACAACAGCCAUUUCAAAUAAAAACAAUUUUCUUGGGUUUUGAAUUGAA